AUCCCCAGAUUUGUAAUCUUUCUUUUGUUUCUUAUGAAUCAAAUCUAGUUGUGUUUGCGAAGACGGGAGUGUACUUUCUCGCAUAGUUCGGUUAUCUCAUUCUCCUCAUACUCCCCAGGCAGGUAUAUGAGAUUGCAUUGAACUAGGUAGAUCCAGAAUUGCGAACAAAAUGUCUUUUUCUACUACAAUUCGCAAGACUUUGGAGAGUCCCUCGACAGCAUACGGUUUCUGGCUCACUCUGCCCGGUGCAGGAGUUGUCAAGACUAUUCUCCGCUCAACAGUUAGUUCACCAGAUGGAGGAUUCAGUUGGGUGUUGGUUGAUGCCGAGCACGGUUUGAUCUCAGACAAGGACUAUUACGAGCUCAACAAUGCCAUUGGAUCCGAAGGUGCCAGCCCUAUUAUCCGUGUCCCCUGGGCGGAAGAAUGGAUGAUCAAGCGUGCCCUCGACUCUGGAGCUCACGGAAUCAUGACCCCUAUGUGCCAUACAGCUGAAGACGCAGCCCGGGUUGUGAAAUGGUGCAAAUAUCCUCCCAUCGGAAGCCGUGGGUACGGACCUAUGUUUGCCGCUCACUCCCUAGCCCGAGGAACGAAUUAUGACGAGGGCGCAGAUAAGGCUUUGAUGGUGGUUGUACAGAUUGAGUCGAGGGCUGGUGUUGAAAAUGUAGAGGAGAUUGCCAAGGUUGAUGGACUUGAUGUCUUGUUUAUUGGACCCUUCGAUCUUGCUAAGCAGACCGGCGUUGUUCGAGGAGGAGAAGAGCACGAAGCUAUGAUUCAACGUACUCUCAAAGCGGCAAAGGCAGCUGGAAAAAAGGCUGCUAUUUUCUGCACGGAUGGUCUGGAUGCUCAAAAGCGUGCUCAGCAGGGAUUCGAUAUGGUAUCAAUUAUUACCGAUGUGGGUGUCUUGGCUCAAGCAAUGGCGCAACAACUGGAUGUGGCUAAGGGUAGAGGAACAGAGGGAAAGCAGAGAGAUGGUUACUGAAUUAUAGACGGG